CCUGCGUAUGUUGUUGUUGUUUGCUAUUAUUUAUCUCCACAAAUCCAAACAAAAUGCAUUCCUCGGCGACGUGGCAAAUAGGAGCCUUUUUAAGCAUUUUUGUGAUUCUCCUGAAUGUUGCAUCCACACAAAUUGUAUCCCAAGAAGUGCCUAAGCCAUGGUAUGAAAAUCUUCCAGCUGUGGCAAUGGACUAUAAGGUCCACAUAGAUGCCGGAAAAGAAGACUGCUACCAUCAAUAUGUUCAACCCGGAGCCACCUUUUAUGUUUCUUUUAGUGUGGUACGUGGUGGUGACGGGAUGGCCGGUUUUGCCGUCCGCAAUCCAGCUGGCACCAUUGUAAAACCCUAUCAAUGGCAAGCGACGGCAGAUUAUACUGAUCAAGUCUCACCUGGUGGCUAUUAUUCGGUGUGCAUUGAUAAUCAAUUCUCCCGCUUUGCCGGCAAGUUGGUGAACAUCUAUAUUACGGUAGUGAAAUAUGAUGCCUGGGACAAGUAUGCCAAGGAAAUUGAGGCGCUGCAGUUGAAUAUGGAAAAUUUCACAACCACAAUUGGUACGGUGGAAAGAAACAUCAACGACAUGUUGGCCUAUCAAUAUCACAGCAGGAAUCGUGAAGCCCGUGAUUAUGCCUUAAUCCAAGAUAACUACAGCUAUGUACAGACCUUCUCCUUAUGUCAAAUUUUGGUUAUCGUAAUUACAUGUUCCGUCCAGGUAUUUUUUGUUCGCAAAUUAUUCAACGUCAAGGAUGGUUCAUCCAGAAGUCGCAUUUAAAUUAGAGAAGAGAAAAAAAACAAAAAUCGCUGUGCAACUGAUUAAAUACUUCAUUCAUUCAACUCAAAAGACUUCUAUGCCACUGUGAACAUAAAACGUUGUCAUCAUUGCCAUCAACAUUCUAUAUAUUGCAACAACAACAACAACUUCAAGUUUUUCUUCGGAACUGCAAGAUUCCAAUUCCAAUGAUAUUUCCAGGCUAAUAUACAAUUCUUGAAUUGUUUUCUUCCUUCGUGAAUGGAACAAUUUGAUUAUGGCCCUUAAAUAUGGUAUUGCUACGCACAUUUUUUUCAUAAUAUUUUUUUUUCAUUAGGGUACUAUGCAAUUACUUUUUAAAAAGAAGAAGAAAUGUUAAAACGUUUUCUGUGCGUGUUUUAAGAUGUAUUUUAUUAAUUGAAAAUAGUUAAAAAAACAACAAUCAUGUAUUUUUGUAUGCUAUCUAAUAAAACAAAAACUAAGUGUUAAAACUGUUUUUUCAGGACAAGGGCAAGAAUCCAA